AUGAAUUUCCAUUAUGAAGCCAUCGGGACUGUCUCUCUGGUGCAGACCCUAAUUGGAUUCCUAGGAAACUUUUUCCUCAUUUACCAUUUCAUUUUUCAUUUCAUCUCUCAGAAGAAGCCCAGAUGCAUAAACCUAAUUUUUAUCCAACUAUGCUUUGCUAAUGCCAUUUUUCUUCUUUCUAGGGGAGUCCCCAUAGUAAUAUUUUCUUGGGAGCUCAAUAAUUUUCUCAGUGAUGCUGAGUGUAAAAUCAUAGCUUAUCUACGGAGAGUAUGCCGGGGGUUUUCUCUCUGCAGUACCUGCCUCCUUAGUUGCUUCCAGGCUAUUGCCAUCAGCCCCAGUACCCGAAAGUGGAUAGACCUCAAAGUUAAAUCCCCAAAGGCCAUCAUUCCCUGCUGUGUUUUAUGUUGGAUCCUCAAUCUCUUAAUGGAUGUUCCUCUUCUUAUGUAUACAACUCGGCUAAGACAGAAUAGCACAAAGAUUAAAGGCAGAGACAAACAAUGGUUUUGCUCUGUUGACCUAUAUGCCAUGAAUUCACUAAAACUUCAACUCUGGAGGUCUUUUUAUGAUUCUGUGUUUGUGGUUUUAAUGGCUGUUACUAGUGGAUACAUGGUGUUUCUGCUGUACCAACAUCACCAGCAAGUCCAGCACAUUCAUAGCACCAACUCCUCCCCCAGAGUCUCCCCUGCGAUCAGAGCUACUAAAGCCAUUUUGUUGCUAGUGAGCACCUUUUUCUUCUCCAACUCAGCAUGUUCAGUCCUUACUAUUUAUGCAUCUUUUUCUCAAGUUAGUAGGCACUGGCUGUUCUUUGUCGCUGUCUUUCUUUCCAUGUCUUUUCCUGUAGUCAGUCCUUUUGUGUUGAUCAGUAGUGAGACUUGUGUCCCUUGGGAAUUCUGUUGCUUUCUCCAAGUAAUAAAAGGCUCAAGUGCUACGUCCAUAUCAUGCCAAACACACAGAGAACCACAAAACCAAAUAUUGGGAAGCAGACAGGAAAAUUGA